AAAAAAGAUCAUUCUGAGCCAUGAGGCUCUUUGUGCUGUGUAUGGGCAUGAAGAGGCCGGUUCCUUAUGAACAAAAACAGUGCAGUUGUUGUGGGCUGCAUACAACUUCACACCCCUUACACAGAUAAAGAAGCGUUAGUUUUACCCAUCAGACCGUUUCCUCUUUGUCUCUUGCCUGAAAAACAAUGGUCCAGGAUAAAGCUCUGCUUGUGUUUCUCUGUGUCAUUGGUUUGCUCUCAGAGACUCUGUGCUCUUUAACUUUGGAAGCAGAAGUUGGAGAUAAAGUCACUAUUUGGUGCCAACAUGACCUGACUAAUACAGGACACAUCUUCUGGUUUAAACACACGAGUGAUUCAGUUCCACUUCCUAUUGGGUGUAAAAAAUUUAUGAUACCGUAUUCAUUAGCAGCAUGUUACUUCUUUACUGAGAGUGAGAGAAUAGUGAUGUCUGUUUAUUACAAGAACACGUCUCUCACCAUCACUGCAGUAAAUGUCUCUGAUACAGGACUCUAUUACUGCAGCUACGUAGAACUGAACCAAGUUAACUUUAGCAACUCAACCUCUUUACAUGUGAAAGAUGUAAAUAUUACAUUUUCCAAGGACAAAGCAACAGACUCUCCUGAUGUCUUCUUCAUGCUGACUGUGGUGCUUGGUGCAGUAAGUGUGGUUCUUCUCAGUGUCCUGAUCUUCAUUAUACUGAAGCACAGAAAAACUUACGGAGGUGCCGCAGAAGAAGGAAAUGAGGCUGCUGAAUCUGACUCAAUGUAUUAUGCUGCACAACAACUUUCUAAAAUGAUAACCACAGCAACAAAGGGACACAGUGAGAAUGUGUAUACACAUGUUAUCUAUUCUUCACUUGCCCAACGUAAUGUGUGUUCAUAAUCGUAUAUAUCAUUUACUGUUUACAGAAGUUUCUGAUUGUCUGUAGUUGAAGGAAUUAUGUAAUUAGUUAUAUCACAGUUACAGUAUAUAAUGUAAUAUGACCUAAGAAUUCUUUAGAAUUCACACACUGAACCUUCUGUCAGGUUUUAUAGAGGAUUUAAAUAUGAAAUUAUGAGUUAUUUGUUUUAAACAAUACUGACGCUGUGUGUAAAUAAUGUACAUUUAUGUCCCAUAUAAUUUAUCAAGCUGUUUUUUCAUGCAUGUAGAAGAAUUAUACUGUAAGUAAAA